AUGGUGAUCCCAUCCCCUUUGCCCAGAACAAACGUUCCUAACAGCACAUCAAGGAAUUCAACCGUCCUGUCCUCGGGGACAUAUUGGGACCAAUUUGAAGAGAUUGGAAAAUAUAAUGCCAACUUCAAUGUCGCAGAGAGAUUGUGGGCAGCCUGGUAUGCAUGGAUGCAAAAUGAUGUCCUAGCCACUGGAAUCAUGUCAUUCGUCAUGCAUGAAGUGGUUUACUUUGGUCGAUCACUACCAUGGAUUUUCAUUGACACAUUGGGCUACUUCAAUCGAUACAAAAUCCAGGGUAACAAGACUCCAUCGCUUCGGGAACAGUGGGACUGCGCAAAAUUUGUGCUCCUAAGUCAUUUCACUGUUGAAUUGCCUCAGAUCUGGCUCUUUCACCCACUGGCACAGUUCUGUGGUCUGUCAACUUCAAUCCCUUUCCCUUCCAUCUGGACCAUGGCAUAUCAAAUUGCCAUCUUCUUCGUUAUGGAGGAUACCUGGCAUUAUUUCUCCCACCGUGCGCUUCACUGGGGCCCUCUUUACAAAGCCAUUCACAAAAUCCACCACCAAUAUUCGGCGCCAUUUGGCUUGGCUGCUGAAUAUGCCUCGCCAAUUGAGGUGAUGAUCCUAGGAUUUGGAACUAUUGGAUGCCCAAUUGUUUGGUGCGCUAUGACAGGCGAACUACAUAUCCUGACCAUGUACAUCUGGAUCGUGUUGCGCUUGUUUCAGGCUAUUGAUGCACACAGUGGUUAUGAAUUCCCGUGGAGUCUCCAUCAUUUCCUCCCCUUCUGGGCUGGUGCUGACCACCAUGAUCUUCAUCAUGAAAAGUUCAUCGGCAACUAUGCUAGCAGCUUCCGUUGGUGGGAUUACGUUCUGGACACAGAGUACACCCCAGAUGCGCUGAAGCGGCGGAGGGAGAAUAAGGCCAAGGUUUCAAAAGCCCAGUAG